AUGACAACGGCGGCCGCUACAAAAGUCCCAAAGCACAGAGCCUCGAAAGCAUGUGAGCGUUGCCGUACCCGAAAAGUCCGCUGUGACAUUGUUCUGCGGAAAGACAGAUGCACCAAUUGCACCUUGGAUGACCUAGAUUGUGUUGAGUCGGGCCCACGGCGUCGGCGAGGCACUGUUCGUCGCUCCAAGGCAACAUCAGAUACUACAAACCCGAACAACCCAUCUGUGUCCGAGUCGGUCAGCUGGAGCAUAGUCCAGGACAUGGAAAGUGUUCUGGCGGCAAACCUCCAACCGAACGAGGAUGUCCAAGGACCUUCAACCGUCAAUGGUGCCCCGUCGCUGUCGACGACUAGUCCUGAGGAUGGCCAUCCUGUUCCUGAUUCAAACGAAGACCUCUUCCCUGAUUUCUCUGGCGAUCUACUCAAUAAAGGUCUCGAAGUUCCACUAUUUGGACGUGGGGGAAGAGGGAUGCAUAUCAAUGAAGACGACAACGCUUUCAGAGACCUGCAAACCUUACUCCCUCCAUUUGCCUCUCAGAUACGCUCGCCGCGGAUACACAUGUAUGCCGAUUUUCUGCAGAAUCAGAAAGCUUUCAAGAUCCCUCCACCAAAACUACUACAGGCGCUGUUAAUACGCUAUAUUGAAUUUGUUCACCCUCAACUCCCGCUUGUUGAUCUCCAUCAUGUUCUUCAAGCAGUAGCGACCGGCGGGAAAGAGGGCAGAGUGAGUCUGCUGCUCUUUCAGGCGAUGUUGUUGGCUGCGUCGGCGUACGUCGAUACGCAGCACCUGCUGGAGGCUGGAUAUUCUAACCGCAUGGCGCUGCGAAGAGAGCUAGCCGAGCGUGCUAGGCUCCUUUACGACUUCGACUGCGAUGCAGACCGACUGGUCAUUGUCCAAUCACUAAUUCUAAUGACCAGUUGGCAAGACAGGGGCGACGAAGUCAAACACUUACGCCAUUGGAUAUCUAUUGCCUAUAACAUCGCAUUCUUGCUGGGCCUCAACAAAGAGGUACCAGAUUCGUUGAAUCUUCCAGCGAAGAGUCGGUCUCUUCGGAAACGAAUAUGGUGGUCGCUCUAUAUGCGGGAUCGAACUCUCUCCUUGGGACUUCGACAGAGGCCUAUCAUUGCGGUCGAAGUCUGUGAAAUCUCGGCACCGGUUGUUGAAGAUUUUGAUAUUCGCCCUGCUUCAGAUGAAAUCUGCGAACUGGUGCACAAUUGUGCACUUCUAAGAAAUCUUGAUCAACAAAUUCGGCUUGUCGACGUAUUCCGAGCACAGUUGGAAGUCAGUCAUCAUAUACACGAGGUAUUCAAGGCUAGAUACACAGUAGUGACGCCGAAACUGGGGAGCAACCAUAUGAUCGCACUUGUUUUGGUGCCUAAGCCUUUGACCACGACUCUGCAUGCCGUGGACGAGUGCUCGGAAGGUCUCGACAAGUGGCUCAAAAACUUGCCAGAGAAUUUGAGGUUUCGAAUGCCGCUAUCACUUCACUUCGACCCGGGAGAGGACGUCCUGGUGCUUCACUGCGGGAUUUUGAAUCUCUUUUAUUAUGCCCUGGUGUGCGCGUUACACCGACCAUACCCUCUACCAGUCCAACGGGAGCUACCUGCAUCAGAGAAGAUGUCCCAGCGCAGAGCCCGACACGCAGCAAAUGCGAUCUUUUCUAUAUUGGAGGAGUUUCAGAAUCUUGACAUUGUCUGCUUCAUGCCAACGCAAGGAAUCACAUUCAUGCUUCAAGGCGCAAUGACAGCUCUCUGUGACACAACAUCGAAUAACGAGCAAAUGCGAACUCAAAGUUGUCGUCGCCUUCAAACGUGUCUCGAAAUAUUGAUGACUUUGAGAGACAUGCACUCCUAUGCACCUUAUGCAACGAACAUCCUCACAGCUGCUGCUGCAAGACUGAAUCGGCAGCCUCAACCCUCUGAAUAUGGAGAAAGCCAGCACCGAAACCAGUCUACAACCACAGCAUCAUCUCAAGGGCCAGUUUCAGCUCAAGGUUUAAGUCUGUCUCUCCCUAGUCCGCAGCUUGGACAUGACGACUGGUCUGCAACAACAGACUCAAUCGCGCCGUCCGCCUUUGAGCAGGCAUACGAGACGCAGGCAGGGCUCCAGGCGCUUUUGUGCUACUCGGAACAGCCUGACACCGGGUUUGACUAUGAAACAGCUAAUUUCCUCUCUAGCUGGGAGUCCUUCGUGGGCCUUCCUUGA